AUGAAUACUGGAGACAUUCUUUAUGAAUUAUAUGAACCUUCAACCAGCAGUAAAUUUCGUGAUGAAAUUCGUAAUUUUACAAUUCAACUACUCCAAAAUCGUUUGACGUUUACCGCUUGCAGAUUCUUUGAUCUUGACCAUUCAUUAAUAUACAGUUCAAUUGGUUUAAUUACUACUUAUCUCGUCAUUCUUCUUCAAGUUGGAGAUAAACCUAGAAUAUUACUCAACAAUACAAACUAUAAUUCAACGCCAAUGAUAUAACAAGUG